AUGACCUUGAGGGGAACGUAUGUGCUCAGUCGGCUAAUAGAAUGCCUUCGUUAUAAAAGUUUCAUUUCAUGUCAAAGAUAUUCUUGUUCAAGUGCAAAUUUGUCAAACCAAGAUCCUACUUCUGAUCCAGACAAGUUAACAGAGUUUUUGAAUCAGGCUGAGCGUUCAACAACUGGGGAUAAAAAUUUCUCUGAUAAUAGCCAAAGUUCUGUAUACAAGACAAAUGAUUAUUCGAAAUCAGACGUUGGUCCGUCUUCAAGUUCCAAUUUUCAGGAGAAUUCUAGCGGAAAGGAUGAGAAAAGAGCUGUGUCUUCAAUUUCAUUUGUUCCAUGGACAAUGAGUUUAUUUCUAAAGGAGAUGAAUAUUUCAAAGUUGCUUUCUGAACGUUCAAAACGUUCAGAAAAGCCUUUUUCUACUUUAUUGCGCUAUAGCCCAUUCAUUCAGCUUGGGGAUUUCAGGUCACGUGAGCUAAUUGGUGUUGUUAUUGACAACGUGGAUGACACUGAUCUUUACAUAGACUUUGGUGGGAAAUUUCACUGUGUAUGUCAUCAACCGGCUAACCAAUUUUAUCCACGUGGAAGCUUAGUGCGUAUACGCUUAAAAAAUCCCGAGUUAACAGACAAAUUUAUGGUAAACACUAAAGGCGUUUCAAUCUUUGAAGCAGAUGCUGUACUUCUAGGACCAUACAAAGGCCGGCUUGUUAGGACUGUACCUGAAGAAGAAAAAAUGAUAACAACAAUUGCAGAUGGUGUUAAAAGACAGCGUCCCUCUACAGAUGAAGACAAUGUGGCCUUGGAACAUUGGCGCCUCAAAUAG